GCAGCGCCGCUACUUUGAAAGCGCCGGGAGAAGAAGUUUCAGCUUGAAAGACGUAAACAGUCCACGCUGACCUGCAGCAACAGCGUUUCGCAUCAUGUAUCGACGGUAAAACCCCCCGAGGCAGCAUGAAGACUCUGAGGUUCGUUCAUUCGCGACUGCCUCUCUUACCACGGAGCUGUCACAGACCCGCAGCCGCCUGCAUGCUUCUCCCCGCGUCUCACCGAGGACAGCCGCCCGUCCUGCCGUCCAGCAGGUCCCUGGCGCUCUCCGCCUCCAGCCUGAAGAACUGGAAAGACCUCGGCAGCAGCUCACCCACAGAAGAGGAGGAGGACGAAGAUGGAGACCUCCUGGAGGAGAAGGAGGUGGAGGAGCUGUUCCAGCAGCACGUCCCUGCAGGGAUCGGACAGGGACAGCACAGGGUGUUCAUCGUCCACCCUGAUGUGAAGUGGGGGAGCAGAAAGCAGUACCUGACCACAGCCGAGCUGAUGAUGGCCGAGGCCGAGGGACUGGUGAACACCUUGGACAACUGGACAGUGGUGGACAAGAUCAUCCUCUCCACAAAGACACCAGAGAAGAAGAAGAUAUUUGGAAAGGGAAACUUCCAGCUGCUUACAGAGAAGAUCAGGCAGACCCCGGGAGUCACUGCUGUGUUCGUGAAUGUGGACCGCCUGUACUCUGUGUCUGAGAGGGAGUUCGAGGAAGCCUGGGGGGUGAAGGUCUUUGACAGGUACUCGGUUGUUCUCCACAUCUUCCGCUGCAACGCCAGAACCAAAGAGGCCAAGCUCCAGAUCUCCCUGGCAGAGAUCCCCUUACUAAGGUCUCGUCUAAAAAACGACAUGGCGGAUUUGGAUCAGCAGGGCGGGGGAGCGAGGUACAUCGGAGGCUCAGGGGAAACGUUGUACGAAGUCCAGCAGAGGCUGCUGAAGGAGCGGGAGACGAGGAUCCGCUCGGCCCUGGAGAGACUUCGCAAAAAGAGGCACCUGCUGCGGUCUCAGCGGAAACACAGGGAGUUCCCCAUCGUGUCUGUGCUGGGAUACACCAACUGUGGAAAAACCACUCUGAUCAAAGCUCUGACCGGCGACAGCGGCCUGCAGCCCAGGAACCAGCUGUUCGCCACCCUCGACGUGACCGUCCACGCCGGCCAGCUGCCCAGUCACAUGACCGUUCUGUACGUGGACACCAUCGGCUUCCUGUCCCAGCUCCCACACCAGCUCAUCGACUCCUUCUCCGCCACCCUGGAGGACAUCGUACACUCGGAUCUGUUGGUUCACGUCAGAGACGUCAGUCAUCCAGAGACGGUGAAUCAGAAGGCGAACGUCCUGAACGUCCUGAAGAACCUGCAGAUCCCACACCAGCUGCUGGCCUCCAUGAUCGAGGUCCACAAUAAGAUCGACCUGCUUGACAGUUAUGAGAGCUCGGAGCCCGGUGCUGUGCUCAUCUCUGCCCUGCAGCAGCGAGGCCUGGACGAGCUGAAGAAAGUUGUGGAGCAGGAGGUCGUAAAGUCCACCGGAAAGCAAAUCCUAGACCUGAGAGUAAACCUCAGCUCUCCUCAGUUAAGCUGGCUGUACAAGGAGGCCACCGUCCAGGACGUGCAGGUGAACGCAGAGGAAGGCUCGGCCGUCGUCAAGGUCAUCAUCAGCGCCGCUGCUCACGGACGCUACAAGAAACUGUUCGAAAGUAGGUGAGAGAGGAAGAGAGGAAAGAAAAUGACUGAACUCAGAACCACGAAGAGCUUAGGAAAAUACUGUGUUUACUCUGCAGCGAUUAAAAGAUCUGAGCUGACAAAUCUGA